CCAGCCGCCGCGGGUGGGUGACCACGAGCCGCAAAGCUGCUGUCCACGUGGACUGGUGCUGAAAUCUCUCGCCCGGCUGCUGCCAGAGCCUCCCCCGCCAAGCCCCGAGACAUGGCCACCAACGGGACAAAAGUGGCAGAUGGACAGAUCUCCACAGAACUUGAUGCUUCGAUCACCAAUGACAAGCCUAAAACCUUGGUAGUAAAAGUGCAGAAGAAGAAGACGGAUCUUCCAGACAGAGAUACUUGGAAAGGAAAAUUUGACUUUCUUAUGUCCUGUGUAGGUUAUGCCAUUGGCUUAGGGAAUGUGUGGCGAUUUCCAUACCUUUGUGGCAAGAAUGGUGGAGGUGCAUUCCUGAUUCCCUAUUUCCUUACUUUAAUUUUUGCUGGAGUGCCACUGUUUCUUCUGGAGUGUUCCCUUGGUCAGUAUACAUCUAUAGGGGGCCUUGGAGUGUGGAAGCUUGCUCCAAUGUUCAAAGGUGUGGGACUAGCUGCUGCAGUCCUUUCCUUUUGGCUAAAUAUUUACUACAUUGUGAUUAUUUCGUGGGCCAUAUACUACCUGUAUAACUCCUUUACUACUACUCUUCCUUGGAAACACUGUGAGAACCCAUGGAACACUGACCGCUGCUUCUCCAAUUAUACCUUAGCAAACACCACCAACAUGACAAGUGCCGUAGUGGAAUUCUGGGAACGCAACAUGCACCAAAUGACUGAUGGAUUGGAAAAACCGGGGCAAAUCCGAUGGCCACUAGCAGUUACUCUAGCAAUUGCCUGGAUUCUGGUGUAUUUUUGUAUCUGGAAGGGGGUAGGCUGGACUGGAAAGGUGGUAUAUUUCUCUGCUACUUAUCCCUAUGUUAUGCUGCUUAUCUUGUUCUUCCGUGGUGUAACACUGCCUGGAGCAAAAGAAGGCAUUUUAUUCUAUGUAACUCCCAACUUCAGUAAGCUUUCAGACUCUGAGGUUUGGCUGGAUGCUGCCACACAGAUUUUCUUCUCCUACGGUUUGGGUCUCGGUUCACUGAUUGCCCUCGGAAGUUACAACCCUUUCCACAAUAAUGUUUACAGGGACUCCAUCAUAGUGUGCUGCAUAAACUCAUGCACAAGCAUGUUUGCUGGCUUUGUCAUCUUCUCCAUUGUGGGAUUCAUGGCUAAUGUCACAAAGAGGCCUAUUGCAGAUGUUGCAGCAUCAGGCCCAGGACUGGCAUUUCUGGCUUAUCCAGAAGCAGUGACACAGUUACCCAUUUCUCCUCUGUGGGCAAUACUCUUCUUCUCCAUGCUGCUUAUGCUCGGAAUUGACAGCCAGUUCUGCACUGUGGAAGGAUUCAUAACAGCGCUGGUGGAUGAAUUUCCGAAGUUACUGCGCAAUCGCAGAGAAAUCUUCAUUGCUGUUGUAUGCAUUGUGUCCUACCUGAUAGGGCUGUCCAAUAUCACUCAGGGUGGAAUCUACGUGUUUAAGCUUUUUGACUACUACUCUGCCAGCGGAAUGAGUCUCUUGUUCCUUGUAUUCUUUGAGUGCAUCUCGAUAUCCUGGUGCUAUGGUGUUAAUAGAUUUUAUGACAACAUCCAAGAGAUGGUGGGAUACAGACCCUGCAUCUGGUGGAAACUCUGCUGGUCAUUUUUCACUCCUAUCAUUGUGGCAGGAGUAUUUAUCUUCAGUGCUGUCCAAAUGACUCCUCUCACGAUGGGAAGUUACGUUUUCCCAAAAUGGGGCCAAGGGGUUGGCUGGUUCAUGGCUUUGUCUUCUAUGGUGCUGAUACCAGGCUAUAUGGCAUAUAUGUUCCUAACCCUGAAAGGCUCCUUAAAACAGCGCAUCCAAGUAAUGAUUCAGCCAAGCGAGGACAUCACUCACCCUGAGAAUGGGCCAGACCAGGCCCAACAGAGCAACUCUGCAAACAAAGAAGCCUACAUCUAAACUUCUGUAUUGUAAGAGUACCAACACUACUCCAGAAAAACAAAAAAUAUGGUUGAAUAUGACCACAAAUUUAUGUCUGAGAAUAUAAUUACCUACCUCUAGUG